GGCUGUCACUUGCAUUUCCCCAAAGCAAGCCAUGCUAUGAUGGUGCUACGGCGGCUACUGAGAAAACGCUGGGUGCUGGGAGUCGUCUUUGGACUCUCCCUCAUCUACUUUCUGACCAGCACACUCAAACAGGAGGAGCGGACCAUACGAGACCGCACACUCUUAGAAGUUAGAGAUUCAGAUCAUCGCAUCCCCUGGAAAGUCCGCUUUAACCUGGGGAACAGCAGCCGACAGAUCACUCAGUGUAGAAAUUCCAUCCAGGGCAAGACACUGCUUACAGACGAACUUGGAUAUGUCUGCGAGAGAAAAGACUUGCUCGUUAAUGGCUGCUGUAACGUCAAUGCUCCCAGCACCAGACAAUACAUUUGUAAAAGUUGCCUGGCCAAUGGAUGCUGUAGCAUCUAUGAGUAUUGCGUGUCAUGCUGUCUCCAGCCCGAUAAGCAACUUCUUCUUGAGCGCUUCCUGAAUCGUGCAGCUGAAGGUUUCCAGAAUCUUUUCACUGCUGUCGAGGAUCAUUUUGAGUUGUGUCUGGCCAAGUGUAGGACAUCUUCACAAAGCGUUCAACAUGAAAACACAUACCGAAACCCUCAAGCAAAGUACUGCUAUGGUGAGAGUCCUCCAGAACUUCUGCCUGUAUGAGCCUAUUUGACUUGUUUCUGAUGUUUAGUAAUCGAAGAGCAAUGGAAUAGCAACUGACAAGUAAGGGUAUUUGUUGAAGAGAUGGUGCAUAUGAAAUGCUUGGACAAUUUUGCAGUAUUGUGGCAAAGAGAUGAAGGAAUCCAAGACCAACCUCAAAAAGGACAAAACGCUGUAUGCUUUUUUUUUUUCUUCUUUUUUUUAAUUAUUUACACUUCAUAAGUGCAUAAUACGCUUUAUCCGUUCAUCCGUGAUGAUCAUCAGGUCUACUUAACAGGCAGCUCAUCCAUCAACAUUUGCUUCAAACAAGUCAUAAAGUCAUGUCAUAAAAUCCAAUGAACCUUUCUGUUUUGUUCUGAACAUUUUAAAAUGGCAAAGAAUGUGUCCUAACCUCUGUGUAUAGUGCAUGCAGAUGAAAUGCUUAUUUAAUAAAAGGGACUGUGAAACUGAA